AUGCGUCGAGGUAUCGAUAAACUUACGGGACCUAUCAAGCAUAUCCGCACACGCGGCGAGAGGCCCGAUCGCGCUUCUCAUUUUGCGACUGCCGAACCUCGAUCAUCGGCGCCACCGUCUAGCAACUCGAUACCGCCCAGGGAAGCAUCAGGCGCAGAAUCUGGCUCUACUUCAAACGGUCGACCUGUCGCGUCCGAGGACGUCAAGACCAAUUCUGUGGUACAAGAGGAUGCAUUGGUCGACCUCUGGAACGACGCCCUUCUGAAAUACAAAACGACCACCGCCAUAGACCUAACCGACCCGACAUCCCCCCUCUACCGCUCUCUAGCCAACUGCUUUUCCCACCACGCAAUCCUCUCCGCCUUGAACGGACUAAUAAACAAGUUCACGGCCUACCGCGAUCCAUCACCCAAUAGCUCCGGUACUAGGAUAAGAGCCGCACUUGGCCGCGUUGUUCGUGCUGUGCUGCGUGCUGGUGUGAUUGAUGUGGGUGGGGAGACUGCUGCUGCGUUGGCCAUACCAGGCGGAAAGGCCAUCUUCGUAGCUCUAGGCGCCCUCCUCCAGGCCACCGAAGGCGUCACCGACCGCUUCGACGCCGUUCUCCUUCUCCUCCACAACCUCGAAUCAUACAUGGUCCGACUGGACGUCCGCCUGAACGCCCCUCUCGUUCCAGCGGCCCGCGAACAUACCGUUAAGAUUCUCGUGGAGAUGUUGGACACUUUUGCUAUGGCUACGCGGAUGAUGCGAAGGAAUCGAGCCAGGCAUUUCAUGACGGUGCUUACGGGCGGAGGUCAAGACGUCAAAGCUGCAAUCGGACGCUUCGAAGGUCUCAUGGUAGAAGAUACCCGUCUAAGUCUCGCCGAAGUUCACAUAGGGAUCCAAACUCUUUCGACAUCCUUACAGACCGGGUUUGAUGAGGUGAAGACCGAGGUCGCACAGCAUCUCGAGGUCGCAACGUCGGACAUAGUGACGCGGGUGACUGCGCGGCUACAAGCAUCCGGGAUCUUCGAGUUGGCACAUCGAUUCGAAGCUUUCAGCGCAAGCUGGGACGAAUGGAAGCUUCAAAUGGCCAGGAAGAGCCUCGAUGAUGAUGAUGAUAUGCGCCCUCGAACUCGGAUGAUCUCGCUGGACGAAGAGAAAGCAGGUUUCGUCAGCGUCUCGCAGUCACGUAUACUUGUACCAGCCAAACUCUUCACGGGCCCGACAGUGCUGCGAGCCUCCGUGAGCAACAUGCUAGCUCUUUUCCAAGACUUGACGCCAGCCGAUCAAGCCUCCUUGCGAGAGGCGAUCGCCGUAAUCUACUCCUUGGCCGCCUCUGUCGCCGGAAGCAACUCCGACACUGCAUGGUGCGCGGCGGUGUACAAUCCCGGCAUGUUCAUAUCCGCCUUCCUUCCUCUGGCGGUGGCAUAUGUCGCCCUCUUCCUCUGUUGGCGACAUAUGCGUAUAUCGAGCUCGCCGGGUAUCACGCGGGCCCUUCAGGACUGUGACCCGUACCGCGAUACACUUGUGAUUAUCGAUGUUCUUGGGCUUCAUAUGGUUCUACCUAUAGGACGGUGUUCAUCGUGGGCGGACGUCCACGCCCUCCUCCUCGGGCGCUUCGCGAACAAAGACGGGUCAAGCUACGUGAAAUCCCGUUCAUACGUUCUCAUGAACGCCGCUGGGCACCCCGAGUCCGAGAUCGUCUCCCCAUCUUCUUGGACGCAAACCAUCAGAGCUGGUAUGACGCUCGAAAUGAGCAUCGUGGUCCGGCAAGCGUUCGACUCGGUUCGUUGUCCUUGGUGCGAGGUCGUUGCUCCGGAAGGGGAGGUUGAUAGUUUAUUACAAUGUAGGGGGUGCAGACGCUUUUUCAGGGCUUCCAGUACAAGCUUGGUCCCCGCAGACGAACAUGUUGAUCAGAGUGCCGUCGGCAACACAGGAUCUCACAUCGAGCGCGAUCCGGAUCGUACCGGUGCAGUUACCGUGGAUCCCCAUCUCCGGCACGAUCAAGCUGACAACAACGCGAACCAAGCCGGUGCCACCAAAGAGCAACUCUCGCUAUUCCGAAGGAUCAUCGUCGAACUGAUGCACGAGCGCGAGCGAGCACCGCUCAACGAAGGACAAACGUUCCCAGCCGGCCAGCUUGCUCCGAAGGAGCACUCCAGCACGCCUGGCAGUGCGUCCGAUCCCGGCGCAAGCACGCUCCCUUUUUGGGACGACGAAGAGCUGAGUGAUACAGAACCGUACGACAUGGACGUGUUGCAGGCUGCUAUGGAUGAGUGGGACAUAUUUGCCGCUACCGUCAAGUUGAGCGAGGUGGAGGGGGAGACGCCGUAUGAGAGGAUGGGUCGAUUCAAAGAGGAAGUUAAGCUCGCUAUGAAGCGGGGUGCCAGUCACUAG